AACCAGAUAAUUCACUUAGGGGUGGGAAUAGAAAACAGUCAGACGUUAUUCUGUCUUGUUUUCUAUGCUUGCCCGCCAUCAAUGAGUAGAUUUCAUUCAUAGCAGCACUCAGAAUGGAGGAUACGUCGCAACAAGAGAAACAAUCGGAAAGUAAAACUCCAAAUGAGGACCAAGGGGGGAUCCGUCGACGGCUGAGGGACAGAGAUCUUCUCAGGAAGAGAAAGGCUGAAGCAGAAGAAAAGGCAACUAACCAGUGGGUUUUUGGGUUGGAGAGCCAGAGGAAAAGACCAAGAGCUGAGGACAGGAGUGGUGCAAAGAAGAAAGGGAGGCCCAGGAAAACUGAACCCGUGCCAGAGAUAUCUGUCAUUCAGGAAGAGGUAGCAGUACCUCAGGAUGCUCCUGCCGUAGUGGUGGUGUCUGAACCCGCUGAGGUCGUCCUUGAUCAAGCAUCAGGCUCUCAGACUUCCUUACCUGUUGUGGGAUCGCAACCAGCACCUGUCCUCGCUGCCCCAGCUCCUCUGCCUGUGUUUGGAUCUGUUCAAAGCUUUGCUCCUACUGUGACUCCUCCAGCUUCAGUUACACUGACUCCAGCCCUCUUUUCACCUUCAGUUUCUUCUCCAGCUCUGGUCAAAGAUCUAGAUACAGCUCCAAUCCCCGCCCAAGAUUUGGCUCCAGCUCCAGAUCCUGUUCCAGUCCCCACCCUGACCCAAGGCCUUGUUCCAGCUGCAGCUCCUGCUCCUCCUGUGGCUCCUAGCCAGGUGGGGACCCUCUAUGUAGAGUCACAAGGCAGAGAUGCCCUUAACCAGGUCACGAUUGAGGACUUGGGUCCAGAUGAGGAGGAAGACAUCUCUCUCUCUCAAGACAAAAGAGAUGAUGAAGAUUUGAAUGGUGUACCGUUGAUCAGUGCACCCGAACAAAACAAAUUGUUCUCAGUACCCACCUUGUCCUCGCCGCCUCCUCCACAAGAAUAUCUCCCAGGAAAUUCUUUCUAAUUCUCCUAAACACACAGUUGACGUACUGCCUCAGUUCCUACACAAGGAAACCAGCCUACAUCCUUAUUCAGUCUCAGUUUGUGAAUAUUAUUCUGGCUGGUGUGCAGCCUGUUGGUUGACGAGAACAAUUACACUGAGCAUAUGCUUUGCUUAUUUGACAAAUGUAUGAAUUAAAACCAAACCUAUAUGCUUAUUUAUUGUGGUUUGCGCUUCACAGCAAAGCUCAUGAAUUCUAUUUUGUAUUUUGCAUUUAGUAAACAGCAAAAUUUUCCUGCUUAUUUAAAGAGUAAAUGGUAUUAAUCAGUAGUAAUUAUAUAUUUGUAAUUGUGGAUUUAUUUGAUCGAAUUUUGUAAAAGUCGUUUUCCACUUAAUAAAAUACACUGCUCACAAUCA